AGGACGGAAGAAAGGCAGGGCAAGGUAAAAAAAAGUUUAGCGACGACUCCGAGGAGCGCGGAGCGAAGCGGCGGCGGCUGCCCGAGACCCCCUCCCACAGCGCCCACCCCCGCGGCCGAGCCAGUUUCCCUGCAUGAGACUUAAUCAAGCUAUCAGCCUGUGAUAAAAUAGGAAUCCACCUGGAACUGGCCAAUAUUGCUACCACAUACAUAUUAAAAACACCAUGUGAUGUAUCUUUAGAUGGUCACUAGAAAAGGAAUAUGGCUCAAGAAACCAACCAUAGCCAAGUGCCUAUGCUUUGUUCCACUGGAUGCGGAUUUUAUGGAAACCCUCGUACAAAUGGCAUGUGUUCGGUAUGCUAUAAAGAACAUCUUCAACGGCAAAAUGGUAGUAAUGGUAGAAUUAGCCCAUCAGCAACUUCUGUUAAUAGCCUAGCUGAAUCUUUACCAGUUCAAUGCACUGAAGGCAGCAUCCAGGACGCUCCAUCAACACUACACUCGACAACUGUACUGCCUAUGCAGCCAAGGCCUGUGUCAAGCCCGUCGUCGCUCUUAGCAGAAUCCGUAGCAACUUGCGAAGUGGAAUGUACAGAUAUAGUGGAUAAAACAGGACCUGAAAGAGAAGAUGUUCAAGAACCAACAUCAGUGGAUCUUGCCGAGACAAUUUCAAUAGACAGUACCGGAGAGGAAUUGUCGAUGGAUAACUCAGAUUUACCUGGCACUACCAGGGGCUCAGAAACAGAGUGUGAUUAUGACGCAAGCCUAGAAAAUAAUAUAGACGAUCCCGAUUUCCCGGAUGACAGUGCGAGAGUGAAAACGAAGAGGCGUGAUACAGAUUUAACACUAAACACAGUAGCCUCAGCGUCAGAUAGUGCAGAACCUUCCUGUGAAGAACAAAACAGGUCACUCGACAAACCAAAACAGAAAAAAACCCGCUGCUUCAUGUGCCGGAAGAAAGUUGGUCUCACUGGGUUUGAGUGCAGGUGCGGAAACGUUUUCUGUGGUGUACACCGUUACUCAGAUGUCCACAGUUGUUCGUACAAUUACAAAGCUGAUGCCGCUGAGAAAAUCAGAAAAGAGAAUCCUGUAGUCGUUGGGGAAAAGAUCCAGAAGAUUUGAACUGCUACUCUUGCUGGAAUAUUAAAAAAAUUGACCAUCUGCAGAUGAAA